CCUGAGAUACAGACUGAGCUGAGAUCAAGAGUCGGAUGCUUAACUGACUGAGCCACCCAGCAAAAACAAAAGAAAAAAGCCUUUUCCAAAGACAAUCUGAUAUGAUUCUAGAAUACUGAGUUGUUCUAGAAACCAUUGCAUCAUAUUUCUAUCAUCUUUACUCAGUCGAUGAAGUAGUUGAGCAACAGUUCUCCUUCUUUGAUAGGAUGCCAACAGUUAACAAAGAUCUUAAACCAUGUUGGGUACCAUCGUGAAGGAGCUAGAGGAGAGCUAAAUACUUCCAUGGGUUCUAAGUAUGUCUUCCAUUUUGAGCACGUUUCAUUUCUGUAGGGCCUUCAGUCAUCAAAGAAUGUCCCUGGCUGCUUAUUGUGUCAUCUGUUGCAGAAGAAUAAGAACCUUAACUCCUCUGCCCAAAAGUACCACAUACUGGAGAGAUAUCAGAAAUUUAAUAAAGUUUACUGGAUCACUUAUUUUAGGCGGUUCUUUAUUUCUUACAUAUGAAGUUCUGGCCCUGAAGAAAUCUUUGACGUUAGAUACUCAAGUAGUAGAAAAAGAAAAAAUGAAGUCAUAUAUAUAUGUGCACACGGUUUCUUUAGAUAAAAGAGAAAAUUAUGGAAUCACCUACCAGGCAAGAAAAGAGCUUCACAAAGCAUUAAGAAAAGUAUUGGCAACAUCAGCUAAAAUACUGCGGGGCCCAUUUGCUGACGCCUUUAGUACAGUUGAUGUAGAGGAUCACGAAUGUGCUGUGUGGCUGCUCCUGAGGAAGAGCCGGUCGGGGCACAGAGCAGCACGACUGCAGGCCGUGCAGGAGAUGUCGGAGACCCAUCACUGGCAGGAUUACCAGUAUAGGAUAAUUGCUCAAGCCUGUGAUCUGAGAACUCUCAUUGGUUUGGCACGAAGCAAAGAGAGUGAUCUUCGCUUUUUUCUUCCACCACCUCCUUUGCCAUCUUUAAAAGAAGAUUCUUCCAUUGAAGAGGAGCUCAGACAGUUGCUGGCUUCUUUACCUCAAACGGAGCUAGAUGAGUGUAUCCAGUAUUUUACAUCUUUGGCUCUGAGUGAAAGCAGUCAAAGUCUAGCUGCUCAGAAGGGUGGCUUAUGGUGUUUUGGAGGAAAUGGACUUCCUUAUGCUGAAAGUUUUGGAGAAGUUCCUUCAGCUACAGUGGAAAUGUUCUGUUUGGAAGCUUUGGUAAAACAUUCUGAGAUACCUACACACUGUGAUAAAAUUGAAGCAAACGGAGGCUUGCAGCUACUUCAGAGGCUGUACCAACUUCACAAGGACUGUCCUAAGAUACAGAGAAAUAUAAUGCGUAUCAUUGGAAAUAUGGCUUUGAAUGAACAUCUUCAUUCUACUAUAGUUCGCUCAGGCUGGGUUUCCAUACUGGCAGAGGCAGUGAAGUCUCACCGCAUCAUGGAGGCCUCACAUGCCGCCAGAACCCUGGCUAAUCUAGACCGAGAGACUAUGCAAGAAAAAUACCAGGAUGGCGUGUACGUGCUACACCCCCAGUAUCGCACAAGUCAGCCCAUUAAAGCAGAUGUCCUUUUUAUUCAUGGCCUUAUGGGAGCAGCAUUCAAAACGUGGCGCCAGCAGGACAGUGAGCAGGUUUUAACGGAAAAGAUUUUAGAGGAUGAAGCCAGCUAUACGACGUGUUGGCCCAAGACAUGGUUGGCAAGAGACUGUCCUGCUCUCCGAAUUAUAUCUGUGGAAUAUGACACCAGCCUUAGCGACUGGAGAACGAGGUGUCCUAUGGAGAGAAAGUCCAUUGCAUUCAGGAGCAACGAACUUCUAAGGAAGCUCAGAGCUGCUGGUGUUGGGGAUAGGCCAGUCAUUUGGGUAUCACACAGCAUGGGAGGUCUUCUUGUAAAAAAGAUGCUGUUGGAAGCCUCUAAGAAGCCAGAAAUGAGUACUGUUAUAAAUAAUACCAGAGGAAUAAUUUUUUAUAGUGUCCCUCAUCAUGGAUCCCAUCUGGCUGAAUACUCUGUCAAUAUUCGCUAUCUUCUUUUUCCCUCUUUGGAAGUCAAGGAACUCAGCAAAGAUUCUCCUGCACUUAAAACACUACACGAUGACUUUCUGGAGUUUGCUAAAGACAAAAAUUUCCAGGUGCUGAAUUUUGUAGAAACACUGCCAACUUACAUUGGUAGCAUGAUUAAACUGCAUGUGGUACCCGUGGAAUCAGCAGAUUUAGGCAUUGGAGAUCUAAUUCCUGUGGAUGUUGACCAUUUGAACAUUUGUAAGCCAAAGAAAAAGGAUGCUUUUUUAUACCAGCGUACCUUACAGUUCAUCUGUGAAACUUUAGCCAAAGACCUUGAAAACUGAGUUAAUCUUCUUCCAUUUUGCAAGAAACUUGGUGUUCCGUUUCUUUUUUUAAGCUCUGAGCCAUCAUGCGGACAUAGUCACUGUGGCGUCGACGUGGUCUGGAGGGUGUUGCAGGCAACAGAAUGUGGUUCUCAGUUCAAGCACUGUAAAGCACCAACACAGAGUGGCAAUCAAAGAAUGAAGGGCUAUAAGAAAUUCCAUGUGUGCCAGCUUAUGUUUUGCAGUGUUGUCCCUGGUGCAGGGAACAAGCUGCUAGGGAUAGAAAAUGCCUUUUGUCAUCGGUGACUGUUUCCAGCCCACGCUAGGAGGAACAUGGAUGGUUUCUAAAGAGAGAACAAUCCUCACCUUCCAUAAAAAUACCAUUUGGAAGGUACCUAGACUAGAGAGGAGACGGAACUAGAAUAUAAAAACUUUUUGUUCUGGGUUUCCAUGUGCUGUAAAUUAAAAAAAAUAUAUAUCCGUGUAAACCUUCGUCUCAUAUGUUAACUUUCUCAGACCUGUUGUCAUCCAUGGGUCAGUUCCUUAUAAAUUUUUAUUUUCAUAUUGCUGAAAACAAAUAUUUCUCUUUUUAAGAGAAUUAUAGCCUAUAGUAAUUCUUUCCAGACUGUAGCUGCCUAUACUUCUAAUUUUUCCCAGAUAAGGAUAAAGUAGCUAAUCCAUUAUUGACCAGAGUAUGAAAUAAAACUAUUGUAAACCAUUAUAUAUACUAACAAUACUUAGUAUCAAGGUUCUCUUUAGCUAAAUAACGUAUACCUUUCUUUCAUGCUCAUUAGAAAGUUGCUUCAGUUGACCUUGAGCAUGUGAGAAAUAGGAAAUCAUGUAGUGCGUGGCUCAGUCCGUAGAGCAUGUGACUCUUGAUCUCGGGGUCGUGAGUUCUAGCCCCACAUUGGGUGUAGAGAUUGCUUAAAAAUAAAAUCUGUAAAAAAAGAAAAUAAAUAGGAAAUCAUGUUGACUUUUUAUUUUUAAAUAACAGCAUUAUUAAGAUAGAAAUCACAUACUCUAAAAUUCACCCUUUUAAAUAUACAGUGUUGUACAACCCUCCCCACUAAUUUCAGAGUAUUUCAUCAUCCCCAGAAUUAACUCUAUACACAUUAGCAAUCAUUCCUCACCUCUUUUACCCUCAGCUCCUGGCAAACAUUAAUCUACUUCCUCUCUAUGGGUCUGUCCUAUUAUGGACAUUUCAUAUAAAUGGAAUCAUACAAUG